AUGCCAAACUUAAUGGUAAAACUCUACAGUGUCAUCUUCAAAUAUCAACAAAAACAUCUCCUACAAAGCCUCAUUGAAACCCCUGAAUCCAACAAAUCAAACCCAUUUGGCAUCACUUCUCGCCCUCAAGAAUCCAUCGCCGCUAGCAACCCAUCUUUUACCGACGGAGUAGCCACCAAAGACAUUCAUGCCGACCCCUUCUCUUCUCUUUCUCUCCGGAUCUUCCUUCCCGAUACAGCUGUCGCCUCCUCAUUGGCUCCCAGUUUUCAAGUUCCCAAUUACGGUGGCUAUUCGCCGGCGGCCGGAAGAUCUCACAGGAAGUUGCCGGUGAUGUUGCAGUUUCACGGAGGUGGGUUUGUCAGCGGGAGUAAUGAAUCGGUAGGAAACGAUGCGUUUUGCAGGAGAAUAGCGAAACUAUGUGAUGUAAUUGUUGUGGCUGUUGGGUAUAGAUUGGCACCAGAGACUAAGUAUCCGGGGGCUUUCGAAGAUGGGUUCAAGGUUUUGAAUUGGUUAGCGAAGCAGGCUAAUUUGGCUCUUUGUGGGAGAUUGGGUGCUCAGAGCCAUAUUUUUGAUAGCUUUGGUGCUUCCAUGGUCGAACCUUGGUUGGCUGCUCAUGGAGAUACCUCCAGAUGUGUAUUGCUUGGGGUGAGCUCUGGUGCGAACAUAGCAGAUUAUGUGGUAAGAAAGGCUGUAGAGGCUGGGAAGCGAUUGGAUCCAGUUAAGGUGGUGGCACAAAUCCUGAUGUUUCCUUUCUUUAUUGGAAGUACUCCCACCCAUUCUGAGAUUAAGCUGGCAAGCUCAUAUUUCUAUGAUAAGACCAUGUGCAAGCUGGCAUGGAAACUUCUCUUACCGAAGGAAGAGUUCAACCUAGAUCACCCAGCUGCUAACCCUCUCAUUGAUGGGAGGCAGCCGCCCCUUAAGUGCAUGCCCCCUACUUUAACAGUUGUUGCUGAGCAUGACUUUAUGAGAGAUCGGGCCAUUGCCUACUCAGAGGAACUACGGAAAGUUAAUGUGGAUGCACCUCUUCUUGAUUAUAAGGAUGGUGUGCAUGAGUUUGCUACUCUUGAUGUGCUUCUCAAUACACCACAGGCCCAGGCAUGUGCAGAGGAUGUCUCUAUAUGGGUCAAGAAUGAUCGUAAGAAUGACAAGACCAUUCGUCUUAGUCUGAAUCUUUGCCAUGUGAUUCCAGACAUUUCCCCAUUUGAGAGUAGUCAUUCCAUUCCACCUGGUACGGCAUAG